AUGGGGAAGAAGACCAGCCAAGGUACCGGCAAACGCGGAGCCAAGAACAAAGCAGCCUCUCCAGGUGGCAACAAGAAGAUCCGUCAAAAGAACAAGACCCAGCAGAUUUCAGAUGUACCAAAAACUAAGCAGAAGCAGCAUCCAACGAAUGGGAAAACGCGCUCGAAGAGUAAACCCAAAGCUUUGACAUCUGCCGAGCGACUUGCAGAAAUGCGGCGCAAACUGGACGGAGGGAAGUUUCGUAUGCUCAACGAGCAGCUGUACACUGCUACAGGUUACGAAUCGUUCCAGACGUUUCAGAGCGACCCGGAGCUCUUUGACGUGUAUCAUCAGGGCUUUCGAGAGAUGUCGGACAAGUGGCCUACUAACCCUCUGGACAGUUUCAUCGACUACGUCAAGCGUCAUCCGAACGCAGUCGUGGCUGAUUUCGGCUGUGGGGAUGCAAGGUUGGCUGAGAGCGUGCCCAACAAAGUCCACUCGUUUGAUCUAGUGUCCCGCAAAAAGCAUGUGACGGCAUGCAAUAUUGCUCACGUUCCGUUGAACGAUAGCUGUAUCGACAUUGGCGUGUACUGUUUGGCACUCAUGGGAACGAGUGUCCGCGAGUACGUACGGGAAGUGUACCGUGUGCUAAAACCUGGAGGUGUGUUGAAGAUUGCAGAGGUGAAAAGCCGUUUUGAGAGUGAGACACUGGGCGGAAUCCCUGGAUUCGUCCAGACGCUUGGUAAAAUGGGAUUCGAUUGCACACACAAGGACGAGCGCAAUAAGAUGUUCGUGCUCUUUGAGUUUGCCAAGUCAUCGCGCAUACCGCAGAAAGUUGGCGCGAUUCGAUUCAAAGCUUGCGAGUACAAGCGACGCUAA